CCCGCGGCCGGCGGAGCCGCCGAAGCAGCGCGGGCCGCGGGCAGCGGCACGAGGCGGCGGCACCGGCAGCGCGAGCGGGUCAGCGGCAUGUCCUGAGGCGGGCAGGCGGCGGCGGCGCGGAGCCGGGCCCCACCACGGAGGGGUCGGUGGAGCAGCGGGCCAAGGGCCGGGCCCCCAUGAAGGAGAAGGAGGCGGGGGCGGAGCGGGGCAAGCCCGCCACUUACACCGGGGACAAGAAGGCGCGCAUGGCGGCCAAGACCAACAAGAAGUGGGUGCGCCUGGCCACCGUGCUGGCCUACGUCCUCUCCGUCUCGCUGGCCGCCAUCGUCCUCGCCGUCUACUACAGCCUCAUCUGGCAGCCGGUGCGCGGCGGCGGCGGCUCCGGCCCUGCCGCCGCCACCGCUACCUCGCAGCCCCGCGUCACGCCGCCGGGCCCCGCGGCCAGCCGGCCCCCCGCCCCGCAGCCCGCCGGACCCACGCAGGAGGCUCCGCCAGCGCCGCCGCGGACGGGCCCCGACCCCGGCCUCGCCGAGACGGACCGGCCGGACGCGUCGCCGCAGCCGCCCGGGGCCGAGGCGAGCUCCGCCGUGCCGCGCCGGGUGCCCGGCGGCCCCUGAGGCGGCCAGUCAGCGAUCGUCCCCCGGCCGGGGCGGGGAGGGGGGGAAAGGCCGGGCCCGGCGGACUGCGGGGGGGCGGCAGCGCUGCAGCCCGGGAGGCCGGCGCCGCCCCGGGGGGCUCUCUGCCGAAGCGGGGAGGAGGGGGAUGCAGCGGCUGGGCCCGGCGGAGGAUGGAGGCCGGCGGCGCGGCUGCCCGGGGUGGGAUCGCCCGCUAGCCCCUGCGCGCCGGCCGCGCUUGGCGCUGGGGAGGCGGCACCGCGACCCCCGGCGCGGGGGAGCCCCGAAGAGCUCAGGCUGGAGACUGACCCGGCGCGGGGGUCGGCGGGGGAAGGACGGAUUUUUCCUUGGCAGAACUGCGGUAUCUUUCCCCCCACCCAUUUUUCCUCAAAAGGGAAUUUUGUGGCUUCGUUUCUUUCCUCACCUGGGCUAGCUUCUCCCUUUGAACCUGCAUUGAAUUCCUGCGCUGUUUAUGCCAGUCUGUUACCUAUAAAAGGAUAUCCGUGUCCAAAAUUCCUCACUAUUUACAGGAUCAGCUGGGAACAAUAUGAAUUUAGAGGCUGUAAUCCGUUGUUUAAGUAAAAACAGUUUUGUUUAACAAUGAGCAUAAACUUAUUUAAAACCAUGUGAAAGGUAAAUUGACUUGUUUACUAUAUUAAAAUAUUUUCCCAAUA